AUGCUGCGUGUCAGGUACGCGAUACCAAGUCUGCUUGCAAUCCUUGUCUUCCACACCGCCGAUGCAGCUCUGAGCAGUGGCAAGAACACAGCAAGGGCAGUGCAUGCUGCGGCGGCAGCACAGCACAGCACAGCAAGAGCACGUUUCCCUCACGGCGAACAGCACCACAUCUACAGGAAAAAUGUUUCUGCAGCGGAGGCUUGGACGCCGUGCCACCCAGACGCCUACCCACCAGGGGCAUGGGUCUCCAGAUCAGGCGGCAAACAUGGCGCCUCCAGCUUUGGCUCGCACUUGUACGGCACUGCCAAAGCGCAGCGCUUCAUUUGGGCUCACCAGCACCCGCGCAACUGCACGGCGGCCAAGUUUCUGCUAUACCCGCCCAGUCCCUCCGGCAUAGGCUCCAUCCUUCAUCACAUGGGACAGGCACUGGCGCUGGCAAUACAGCUAAAUCGAGUGAUGGUGGUGGCCUACUCACCUGACUUCCCUUACUACAGCAAGGCCAGGUGUGGUGUGGAGGUAAGCUUUGAGGCGUGCUACUUUGAGCCGCUGUCCUCAUGCUCAUGGAGUGACGCCCUCGACGGCGUGGCCCGCCGCAACAUGCCCUCGAUCAACUCUCCUUCACAGGUCACGGACAACAACACCAAAACAGUGCAAUUUUCUGGAGCGUUCACUGCUCCUGACUACCAUUGUCAGGACGACAGCGUGCCCCCCCAGUUGCAUGCACUGCUGAGGGGGGGUCCCAUCGACUGGGCCAAGCGGCACUACUGGUGGCGAGCGCAGAGUGUCGCGUACAUCGUCCGCCCCAAUUCGCGCACCCUUGCUGAGCUGGCGGCGCGCAAACGGCGCAUCUACCCUGGGCGCCUGAUCAGGCGCAGCACCCUCUCCGUGCAUGUCCGCCACGGCGACAAACACACUGAGACGCCGCCUGUACCCGACCAGGCCUAUCUUGCCCGAGCAAAUGAGGCAAUCAGCCUGGUAUGGCAGCCGCGCAAGACUGGGAAGAAGGGUGACAGCGGUAUCAGGCGGCCAUCCAUCUUCCUAAGUACGGAGGACCCGGCAACGGUGAAAAUCUUUACGCGGCAACCCCAGUGGGACGUCAGCUUCACAAAUGUGCCGCGCAAGCCGGAUGCAAAUCGCUCGACGCUGGCCUACGUGGCAGAGAUCGGGGGCGACGAAGAAAUGCUCAAUUCGCUGGUGAACCUCGAUUUGGCACUGGAGUGUGACGCCUGGAUAGGCACCCUAUCGUCCAAUUGGUGCCGGCUCAUUGACGAGCUCCGCGCGACGGUGCGCUGCAAGGCGCAUGGGACGUAUCUAGACGCGGAGCAGGAAAAUCCGCCGCAGGAUUUAAACUGGUGAAUCACAUGGUGCUGGGCCAACAGCAUGCUGUUGCAUUUACUCAAUGCAUGACAGUACUUUUCUCCCAAAAACUGUCCAUUAUAUAUCUAGUGACACAUCAAGUUGAAAGUUGCGCCAUGGACCAAACCAUGUGCCACACUCUGGCUUUUGUGCCAUGUAUCAGCCUGGUACCCAGUACCAGAUUGACCUGAGGUGUCAGGUCAAUCUGGAAACCAGGGUCCAUAUAUGUUGUGACUUUUGAGGUGAAGGUUGAGGAUCACCCUAAAUUAUUCAGGGUUAGGGUAAGGGAUAGGGGUCACGGUCACAGGUUGAUCUCUACAGGUCCAACCAAGUUGGUGAUGACAUUGCCAACGGGGGACAUCAUGUGAUAUAUCUUAUCACCUGUACUUAGAUAUAGAACCCUUGUAACCCCAAAGGGACUGUGAAUCAGGGAGGUCUAUAUCUAGCAUCUGUACCUCUUAUGAAAGGAAAUGUUGUGACACUCUGAAACCUACAGCGCUGUGUCACUAGGGUAGCUGUAGGUUGAAGAGUAACAUUAAGGACUCCUCGGAGGCUUGUAAGCUUACAAGAGGCGGUGCUCAAUUUAUGAUCCAAGUGGAAGUGAACAUUUUGCAAAUAUUUCAUUAAUGAAUCAUAAUGAAUCAUUAAUGAACCUGAUUACGUUGUAAUCAUUACGAUG